GUGAUGUCCGCACGCGUGGGCCUCGUGCUGCGCGCCCUGCAACUGCUGCUGUGGGGCGGCCUGAGCGCGGAGCCCGCGGAGCCUGGAGGAGAGGAACUGCGCAGACAGGCGGAGGCCUUCCUGGAGAAGUAUGGCUACCUCAGUGAACAGGGCCCCAAAGCUUCCAGUUCUACACAGCUCAGCAAUGCUAUCAGAGAGUUCCAGUGGGUAUCCCGGUUGCCUGUCAGUGGCAUGCUGGACCAUGCCACCCUACGCCAGAUGACAAGGCCCCGCUGUGGGGUGACUGAUGCUGAGAGUCAUGCAGCUUGGGCCCAGAGGGUCAGUGCUCUGUUUGCUGGACGCCGGACCAAAAUGAGGCGGUGGAAACGCUUUGCAAAGCAAGGUGACAAGUGGUACAAGCAGCACCUCUCCUACCGCCUGGUAAACUGGCCUGAGCACCUACCUGAGCCUGCAGUUCGGGGGGCUGUGCGUGCCGCCUUCCAGCUGUGGAGCAACGUCUCGGCGCUGGAGUUCUGGGAGGCCCCAGCCACAGGUCCUGCUGACAUCCGCCUCACCUUCUUCCAAGGAGACCACAACGAUGGGCUGAGCAAUGCCUUCGAUGGCCCAGGGGGCGCCCUGGCGCAUGCCUUCCUGCCUCGCCGAGGCGAAGCGCACUUCGACCUAGAUGAGCACUGGUCUCUGAGUCGCCGUCGCGGGCGCAAUCUGUUUGUGGUACUGGCUCACGAGAUCGGCCACACACUCGGCCUGUCCCAUUCACCUGCGCCGCGCGCGCUCAUGGCACCCUACUACAAGAGACUGGGUCGCGACGCACUGCUCAGCUGGGACGACGUGCUGGCGGUGCAGAGCCUGUAUGGAAAGCCCCUCGGGGGCUCUGUGACUGUCCAGCUCCCGGGAAAGCUGUUCACUGACUUUGAGGCCUGGGACCUUGGCAGUUCCCAGGGCAGGAGUCCUGAAACCCGGGGUCCUAAAUACUGCCACUCUUCCUUCGAUGCCAUCACUAUAGACGGGCAGCAGCGACUGUAUAUUUUUAAAGGGAACCACUUCUGGGAGGUGGCAGCUGAUGGCAACAUCUCAGAGCCCCGCCCACUGCAGGAAAAGUGGGCUGGGCUGCCCCCGCACAUUGAGGCAGCAGCAGUGUCAUUGGAGAAUGGAGACUUCUACUUCUUCAAAGGGAGUCGAUGCUGGAGAUUCCGGGGUUCCCAGCCAGUGUGGAGCUCCCCACAACUGUGCAGGGCAGGGGGCCUGCCCCGUCACCCAGACACCGCCCUCUUCUUUCCUCUGAUGCGCCGCCUCGUCCUCUUCAAGGGUGCCCGCUACUACGUGCUGAACCGAGGUGGGCUGCAAGUGGAGCCCUACUAUCCCCGUGACCUGCAGGACUGGGGCGGUGUCCCUGAGGAAGUCAGCGGCGCCCUGCCGCGGCCGGAUGGCUCCAUCAUCUUCUUUCGAGAUGACCGCUACUGGCGCCUGGACCAGGACAAACUGCGGACGACCGCCUCAGGCCGCUGGGCCCCUGAGUUGCCCUGGAUGGGAUGCUGGCACGCCAAUUCGGGGGGCGCCCUGUUCUGAAGGCCUCACCACUUACCUCAUCACCAACUGG